CAGUUUUUUUUAUACUUAUAAACUGACUUUCGAUUCGUACGAUCAGUUUCGAAUUCUUUAAAUUUGCUAAAGCUAUAUUACUAAAGAAACAAAUUGCAACGCUCGGCAGAUGUCAAGAGAGGUUGCUUUCAAUGUUCCCAGACAUCGCCCGAUUUCCAGGGUCGCAAAAGAAUUGCAGCAGAAACAGGGGUGGGGACGAGACUCAACGCCGUUUUCGUCACUCAGACCUCAAAAGAGAGAGUACAAUUCGACGAAAAGGAACGCAAACACUUGGAGGAAACUCUACACAAAGAUCUGUUCAGUAAACUAGUCCGCGUGAAAAAAACCAUCAAAAAUAGUAGUGGUGGUGAAAAACUGUUAUUUGUGGACGAGUUGCCAUGCUGCUAUCGAAAAGUUGAGCUAAAAAUAGCUCUGGACGUGAAAAACGAGGGCCACUAUUCUAUCACAGUACCAAACCAAGAAAUCCAGAGUGUCAAAAACAAAUUAAUCCAGCGCCUCAACUUCAAGCCAAAAGACUUUAAAUGCUCCUUCAGAGGUCCCACAGGCGACAGUCGAAUGCACACUAUUGAAUUUGCCAACACGGACUCUUUCGUCGACUUAAACAAAAUGUUCGCCAACUUGACUGUAGCAGAGAGCUCUGGAAUCAAAGCAAAUGAUGCCGAACACAUGAGCAAAGAGCUCAACGGACUACUUUUUGCAAAGCCGGUAGAAGAAAAAGCACUUCCUUCUGUGAAAGUGAUUGAAAACGAGUGGAUUGAAAGACAAAAAGCAGAGAAGAUUCUGAGACCUGCACCGACAAUCGAAGAGAACCAGAGAUCGGAGAACAUCAAGGCGCGACUGGAGAGAGUGCAGCAAAAUACCUACCAAGUACUGCAGACUGUCCUGCAACAGCAAGGUUGUGAAGCUUUAAUGACUGAUGAUGAGGAAGAUGACGACCUACGAGGCGCUUCUCAGACAAUCCUGGACUAUAUAUUUACUCCCAAUUGGAAGGAUUAUUCGACGAAUCACGACAAAGAACAACUAGCCAUGUCUUUGCCAAAAGGAAUGCUUCUUAAUGACUCAUUCAAGCCCAGUAAUCCGAAGAUUAGAACAGUCAGACUGAAUAUGCAGAGACAGGCUCUGGCCGCUUUCAACUGCCAAUCGCCCUCACACAUCGGUGUAAAAAUCAACCCAAAUCAGUUGAAUAUGGAAAUAACAGUGAGCAAGACCUCUGACGAAGUUGGCGAAAAAAUCUGGGAGGUUGUCCAAAAACACAAAAAGAAAAACUGGCUGAUCCAUAAAAAUUACAUCGAAGAUGUACAGAAGAACCAGGUUCCACUGUUCAAAAUUAGCCCAUCCGAUUUGAACCCAGACCUGGACAUCUGGUAUCCGAACCAGAACUACGAGAGAAAAACCAUCAACGGAAUCUCGUACAUUAUGCCCAACUGUGAUUGGGUGAGAAUUCACUUGAACACUGAUCGAUUCAUAGAAAAACGACCGUGGAUCUCAAAGGCGGCAAUAGCUUACCACGGAAGUAGCCAUGAAGCAACCAUCACCAUGUAA